GAAUAGAACCAUUAGAGAUUAAGAUUUAGUUGCCUAAAAUUUUAACCUUAAAUUAACGGACUUAUAUGUUUACGGCCUUCGAAGAAACACAUUUGUUAAAGAUGGCUGAUUCAAUGAAGGAAGAUAGCGUAGCUGCACUCUUAAAAGGAAUAGAUCGAUACAACCCUGAGAAUCUUCCAACACUAGAGCAUUAUGUUCAAAUGCAGGCUUUUGAACAAACAUACAAUUUAGAUGCAAACCUUGCAGUUUUAAAGUUGUAUCAGUUCAAUCCAAAUGAAUUUAAAGAAACAGUUACUUGUCAAAUUUUGCUAAAGUCACUCAUGAAUCUCCCACACACAGAUUUUGUUUUAUGUAAAUGUCUUAUCAUUGAACAACAUCAAUCCUGUGAAAAUGUAAACAAAGUAAUUGAGUUAUCAAAUUUGCUUGAAACUUGCGAAUUUCAACAGUUUUGGGCAGAACUAAAAAAUUGUGAUGAUCUAAUAGAAGGCAUUACUGGUUUCAAAGAAUCUAUUCGUAGUUUUAUAGUAUCAGUUCUUCAGAUAACUUAUGAAAGUAUAGCUAAAGAAUUAUUACUGCAGUUACUUGGUUUUCCUACUGAAACUGAGUUUUCAGAUCUUUUGAAAGAAUACAAAUGGGUAUUAAAUAAUGAAAAUGUACUAAUUGCAAAUCAAGAAGCCCAUAUUAAAUCAAAAAACAUCAGUGAAAAGAUAACCUUUGACAAUGUUUCUUCAAUCAUUCGUUCUGCUUGCAAAUAAAAUUUGAUUGGUUUUACUAAAUUUAUAAAUAAAAAUCAAAAAGGAAAAUAAAUUUAUUAUUGCAGCA